AUGGAGUUUCAAGAUAGGAAUGGAUACAAAGUUGUAAAUGUGUUCCUAUGCCUGACAAUUUCCCAAAUAUCAGCCAUCUACGUACCAUUUGGAACCAAAACCAAUUUCGCUCCAAAUAGUUUAUCUUCCAACGAUGACUAUUUGUCACAAGGAAAAAAUCAGCACACGAAUUUAUACUACAAAAAAAUUUACGUGAAUCCUUAUUAUUUGGUUCCGUACCCAAAUUUUAAUCCUUUGGACCAAAAUUUUGGAAAAAAUGAGGAAAAUUUCGAGAGGAGAGCUGAUGAAGUCGACCAGGAUUAUGAGGAGAUGGAGUUUGGGAAAAAGACGGACGUUGAUAGAGACUAUUACGAGCAAACAAAGUCCAAAAAAACUUCCAAAAAAGCCAUCUACGACACCAAGUCCAAAAAUCGCCAAUUUGGCACCAAAUUCCAGGACAAAUAUUAUAUAAAAGUAGGAGAUGGAAAGUUUUUAAAAAGCACCGAUUUUAAAAACAUUAAUAAUAAUAAUGGUGAUGAGAAUAAUCGAUACUAUCGAUUAAAGGACGAAGUCAAACCUGUUUGGGAAAGGAUCGAAGAUGAUGUCACCCAGAGGAAUAAUUACAAAUUUGUUUUACCGGAGCCAAGAAUAAAGAAAACAUGGGACUAACAUUCAAAACUAUAUUGUAUAUAUUUAUAUGAAUAUU